UUUGAGUUUAAUUAAUUUACCACUGAUAAAUUCUUAUUCUGUUUACCCACAUCCUAUAUGGCUAUAUGGGCAUUAAGUAAUCUUGACUAUGUAAAGUAUCUCGGCCAACGAUUUAUCUGCUGCAUCUUCAUUCGAGUUAAUAUCAUUGACAUAAUCAUGUAAUUAAAGUGUUUUUUUUUUCAAUAUUAAAUAAAUAAGUGUUUUAUUUAGAUCACUAUGAUUUCCUUCCUGUACAUUCUGACCACAUACAUCCUGUUCCUGGGUAUAAUCAAAGCACAGCCAUAUCGUCGAAAUGCAAUAAAACAUAUCACCAAGCAAUAACGCUUCAAUUGCAAUGCGUUAGAUAUGUAAGUACCUAUGUAUUUAUGUAGGUUCAUACUUCAUUUGUUUUUCUCUGAGGUCUUUUAUCGAGGCUAACAGAGUCCACAUAUGGAUCAAAUCUAACAUACCAGUUACUUUUAUAAAGGCAGAUUUAUAGAUUUCAAAGCUUAUUCUAGGCGUAGUGCCACUUGUAGUGAUCGUAUCAAACACCAUGAUUGGAUCAACAAUUAUUUUGUGUGUGAUUUUAAGUGCUGAUGUUGUUAUCGGGAGAGGAUUCCAACAAAAUCAAACCAAAGACAAUGUCUAUGAUGAAAUGGUAAAACACCUCCCGGGAUGUCACUACAGUGAUCCAAAAGUGACAGAAUGCAUCCAGAAGGCUGCAGAGGAGGCCAAGGUAUUGCUGGCCCAUGGGGUUCCAUCCCUCGGGAUCCAACCUUUGGAACCCCUGAAGGUUCCAAGUGUGAGGCUCCGCCAGCACAAUGGGCCCAAUAAAGGGCUGAAGUACGACGCCUGGCUCUCAGAUGUCACGCUGAAAGGACUUACCGAUUACAAAGUUAAUCAGAUGGACAUAUUCCCUGAGAAGCUGAAGGUGUUGGCGAACAUCAGCCUGCCGCACCUGCAGAUGUCGGGCGAGUUCGUGAUCCUCGGCCACUUCCAGAUGCUGCCCGUCGAGUCCACCGGGAAACUAUCCGCUAACUUCACGAUGUGCUCAGCAUCAAUAGAGGCGUUGGGCGCGAGGGUUCACAAGCGCAUGGUGGUGCGAGACGCCGUGGUGAGGCUGCAGUGCGCCGGCCCACUGCAGGCAGACCUGGAUGAGGCACACUCCGCUACUGGGGAGAUGGAGAUGAUAACGGACCACAUCGUACAGAUGCACUCAAACGAGAUCAUAGCUGAGGUGCAGCCAGCCGUGGAGACCACCCUGGCGAUGGUGCUCGAAGAUAUAGCCAACAAGUUCCUCAAACACGUUCCUUACGAUAUGGUGUUCCCGAAUUAAGAUAGUGGAUAAGAUGAAGCAAAAGUGCAAGUCACUUUCUAAGGCGACCGGAAAACGAAAGGGAUACUGAAGCAA